AUGAAGCUGCUCACCUUCAUCUCGCCAUUGCUGCUCUCGCUCGCCUGCCUGCUGCUUCUGCUAUGCAUCGCCUCUGGAUUGCUUCGCGCCUGCGAUUACAUCGAGGAGAGGACGGAUCAGGCUAGACGAGCUGCAAAAGCAUUGUCCGUCAUCAGCGCGGCCUUGCAAUUGUUGGUGCAGCCCACCUGGACGCUGUCUAUGCUGGGCUUGAUAGCAGCAGCAGCUUUUCAAGCGCACGCUGCUCGAUCUGCGUGGCCCGCAUGGUCGUCAAUCCUGCUCUUUGCCCUCAUCCUCAGCACCAUCUCUCACCUCUUGCUUCUGCAACACCUGCACGCCGAGCAAGCUUCCCUCUUGGAGCGGGCCCAACGCUCCAAAUUGCCAGGCGGUCGACUAGACUGGGACCUGAUGGACGCGCAUCACGCUGGCACUGAUGCGCCCAUGCGCCUCAUCGACGCCUUCGCCCUCGUCUUCUUGAUCUGGUCCCCAGCUCUUGUGCUCGAACCCUCAGUCUACCUCAGCGCAACAUCAGCAGCAAUGAAGUUCAUCGAUUAUAACAAAGAAUCUGGUGUGGCUUAGCAUGCCUGCACGCGAGCACGGUGCUACAGGUGUUUGGGUUGCGUCACCUGUCGAGGACGAGAGCGUCCAUGAAGACUGCGUGCAUGCCUAUCGGUGACUGCAGCCGUUGUGCAAAAUGCUCCAAGCCCCCGGAUAGGUUGACAUCGUUGGUAGCUGCCAUGCGUCGAGCGACGUGGGCCGACCGCGGAGUGCCGAGCGUCAUGCGGCCUGACCGAGUGGGUAUCUAACCGUGCGGCAAGAUAUAGUGUUCGUGAUUGAAGUGCAGAGAAUACCGCGUGACAAUUGAGUAGCUGGG